CAGAGCGUUCCAUUUCUCAUAGAUGAGCAGCUGCUAGGCAAGACUGUCUUGAAAGCAGAGGAGCGAGAGAGACCAUUUGGAGCCUGAAUGUGAGUGAGCGAGGGAGUGAAAGAGAGAGAGACACACACACUCAGCGUGAGCCUGUGGUUUAAGCAGACACUAGCCGUGUGUUUAGGGAAACCCACAGUCUCAGCUCCCUGGGAUAAAGGAGUGUUGUUUUUGGCCCUGCUCUUUUCCCCCUUUUUAUUCUGUUUUGUUUUAUUCUUAUUCCCUCCAUCCUUUCUCUUCUUCCUUUUGCCUGCGGAAAGAGCUGGACCGCUGUUAUCUCCCUGAAACACGCCGAGCCGGUAGGGGAGACUGAUGCUGUGAUACUGCAGGAGAAAAAUACAGGCUCUCAUUUGAUGCAGUGAAGUGCUCUGGAAGGAAAAUCGCAAGCAAAGGUUUGCCGGCCAUGGGGAACCUCAUUAAGGUCCUUGGCAAAGAUUUAGAGAACUGUCCUCAUUUUUUCCUGGAUUUCGAAAGGGGAUCAUGGGAAAUCUCCUGAAACCGCUGGCUUGCACCGAACUGGAGCAUGGCCAAAUAAUUUUCCUUGACUUUGAACAUGCUCAGCCCACAGAGGCUGAGACAGCCGUGUGGAACCAGGUUAGUGCUGUGCUGGAAGAGGCCCAUGGGAUACUGGCAGAGUUACAGUCUUACAAUGGAGCAGGACAAGAAAUAAGAGAGGCGAUUCAGAACCCCAAUGACCUCCAGUUGCAGGAGAAGGCAUGGAAUGCAGUCUGCCCCCUAGUGGCCAAGCUCAAGAGAUUCUAUGAAUUUUCUCUCAGGCUAGAGAAUGCCCUGCGCAGUCUUUUGGAGGCCCUCACUAGCCCACCCUACGCUCCCAUGCAGCAUCUGGAGAGAGAGCAGGCCCUCGCCAAACAGUUUGCAGAGAUCCUGCACUUCACGCUCAGCUUUGAUGAGCUCAAGAUGACAAAUCCGGCCAUACAGAAUGAUUUUAGUUACUAUAGGAGGACCAUCAGCAGGAAUCGGCUGAACAACCAGCAGUUAGAAGCUGAGAAUGAAGUGAAUAAUGAAAUGGCCAAUCGGAUGUCGCUCUUCUACGCUGAAGCCACACCCAUGCUCAAAACUCUGAGCAAUGCCACAACUAAGUUUGUGUCAGAGAACAAGACUUUGCCAAUUGAGGACACCACAGAUUGCCUGAGCACUAUGGCCUGUGUGUGCCGUGUCAUGUUGGAGACUCCGGAGUACCGGUGCCGUUUUACUAACACAGACACCAUGCUGUUCUGCAUGCGUGUGAUGGUGGGUGUCAUCAUCCUUUAUGACCAUGUUCAUCCAGUGGGUGCCUUUGCCAAGACCUCCAAGAUUGAUAUGAAGGGCUGCAUCAAGGUGUUGAAAGAGCAGCCUUCAAACAGUGUAGAGGGACUGUUGAACGCACUGAGGUAUACAACAAGACAUUUAAAUGAUGACAGCACAUCUAAACAAAUCAGGGCCCUGCUUCAAUGAAAGCUGGAGGAGCGUGAGAAAGAGCGACCGCAGAGAAAGAGACUGUCAGAGUAUAUAUGAUAGUGGCUGGCAAACCUCUGAAACCUGCUUGUUUACAAGAGCAAAAUGCAACUUGAUCUCAAAUUAAAUCAGAUAUUCUAGAAAAGAGAAAGAAAUAUGAAGAAAUAAUAAUUUAUAUAUAUAUAGAUUAUUGAUGGUUCAUCAUCAUGUGUCAUUUUAUAAAAGCAGGAAAAAUAGAGAUAUAUAUGUAUAUUAAAAUUCAGAAAUCAAACAAAACUACCCGAUACAAAUACAAAGGUAUUACAAAAAACAUGAAACUUUGUGAAAAUUAAAACCACCAACAAAAUGGUUCAUUUUUCAA